AUGUCCUCGCCCGCCCUCCGCCAUGACGGCGCCCCGACGGACACGCACACGCCCGCGCCCACGCCCACGCCCACGCACGCCCACGUGCACGCCCACGUGCACACGCUGACCCACGAUGCGGACCGGCACGCAGGGAUCGACAAGCGCAGCUACGAGUACCUGGUCAAGAGCGGCGUGGCCGGCGGCAUCGCAGGGUGCGCGGCGAAGACGGUGGUCGGCCCCCUCGACCGGGUCAAGAUCCUGUUCCAGACGCAGAACCCGCAGUUUGCAAAGUACGCGGGCUCGUGGGCCGGGUUCCCGACGGCGGUGCGCGACAUGUACGCGCAAGCCGGCGUGAGGGGGUUGUUCAAGGGCCACUCGGCUACCCUGCUGCGCAUCUUCCCCUACGCCGGCAUCAAGUUCCUCGCCUACGAGCAGAUCCGCGCCCGCCUCAUUCCCUCGCCCGCCCACGAGACGCCCGCCCGCCGCUUCGUCUCCGGCAGCCUCGCGGGCAUGGUCUCCGUCUUCGCCACCUACCCGCUGGAGGUCAUCCGCGUGCGGCUGGCCUUUGAGACGCGCGCCGGCGAGCGCUCGAGCCUGGCCUCGAUUGUGCGCAAAAUGUACGCCGAGCACGCAAGCCCGGCCGCCGAGACACCGAAACACGCACGCACACCGCGCGCGGGCCUGGCCAACUUCUUCCGUGGCUUCACGCCCACCCUGCUCGGCAUGGUGCCGUACGCGGGCGCCUCGUUCCUAGCCCACGACUCGAUGAGCGACGUGAUGCGCUGGCCCGCGCUGGCGCCCUACACAGUACUACCCUCGUCCUCGUCGACGACGGCAAAGCCCGCGCCGCUGCGCUACUGGGCCGAGCUGGCCACGGGCGGCAUCGCGGGCUUCGUCUCGCAGACUGUGUCGUACCCGCUCGAGGUCAUCCGGCGGCGCAUGCAAGUCGGCGGCGUCGUGGGGGACGGGCGACGUCUGCGCAUCACCGAGGUUGCGGGGCGGAUUUAUGCUGAGCGCGGGUGGCGCGGGUUCUUCGUCGGGCUGACCAUUGGCUACGUCAAGGUCGUGCCCAUGGUUGCGACCAGCUUCUUCGUCUACGAGCGCGCCAAGUUCUACCUCGGCAUUUAG